AUGUGCCCACUAGACAUUGAGAAAAUAGAUAUGGAGAUUCUGAUAAUGGAAGUGGAAAAAAGGCCUUGUAUUUGGGAUGUAAGGACCGAGGAAUACAAGGACAGAAAUAAGAAGGUUGCAGCAUGGCAUGAAAUCUGCUGUGCAUUAUUCGAUGAUUUCGCAGAUCAUUCAAGCACAGAGAAAAAAUCCGUUGGAGUCCCCACGUUGGGCGUGAGGCACCUUCAGGCACUGCUGCUAUGUAUCGCACACGUGCUGGUCUUCUGCUUGCGGACCGACAUGUCGGUGGCGGUGGUUGUCAUGGCCAACAACACCGCUGGCAACCCUAACAUCAAGGGCUACAGUCUCGAGCAGGCUUUGGCAGAUUUACAGAAGAGUGAUAGUGAUAAUGAAUUAAUUUUUGGAAACGAGGAUGACAGUGAUGUUGAUGGAGAUAUGAUAGAUGAAGAUGACUACGGCUGGAGCCAAUCUGAGACGAGCACCAUCCUGAGCUCCUUCUUUUGGGGCUAUGUGGUGAUGCUGGCGCCUGCCGGGUGGGUGGCGGACAGGUUCGAUGCAAAGAACUUGUUGUCGGCCUCGCUCAUCCUCUCCGGUAUCCUCACCAUGAUCACAGAGGUGGCUGCAGACACUGGCGGUGUGGUGCUUGUCUGUGCAUUCAGAGUAGUCAUGGGUCUGUCUCAGGGUUUCGUAUACCCAUGCACACAUUCCUUGCUGGCAAAAUGGAUCCCACCCAAAGAAAAUUAUGUUUUGGGAACCGCUGUUUACACAGGUGAUCAACUGGGCACAGUAGUAGCAAUGGUGAUAUCAGGAGCAUUAGCUCAGAGCGCCGUUGGAUGGCCAUCUAUCUUCUACUUCUUUGGUGGACUUUCCAUUCUCUGGGGAGUGAUGAUAUUCUGGCUUGGAGGGAAUACCCCAUCUGGACACAAGCAUAUUUCCAGAGCAGAACUUACUUAUAUUGAAGAAUCUCGGAAGGAUGUCUCACGUGAAAGGAAGAACGGGCUACUUUCUGCACUGCCGUACGUCGUUAACUGUGUCCUAAGUCUUUCCUUCAGCUGGAUCGUCAACAGCGUACAGAAGAAGUUAAUAUUCAACAAGGGGGCCUUAAGGAAGGUGGCCAAUUCCAUUGCUUCCUGGCUCCCAGCUGCGACUUUAGUAGCCCUCAGCUUCAUUCCAGUAGAGGACCCAACGGCAGCUGUGAUCUUGCUGACUGUCGCCAUCGGUUUUAAUGGUAUGACCAUCAUGGGCUACCAGAUGAACCAUAUCGACAUCGCACCAAACUUCUCUGGCCUGAUGAUUGGUAUCUGUGGCAGUAUAGGGACACUGACGUCCAUCGCUGCACCUCUUUAUGUUGGGGCUGUAGGCAAGGAGAACAGUACUGCAACAUAUUUUGGUAUGCACCUUCAGGAAAGAGCAGCAGCAGCCGUCAAAGCUUCAUAA